AUGGAAUGUAUCUCAAAGCAAGCUAUCAAAUCGCUGCAGGAUGCUGAAAAACUGAAGGGAUGUACAUUUAUCAAAGGCUCACUCAAAAUUGAAAUAAAAAAUACAGCUAACAUCUCUAAGGGUUUAGAAGAGAGUCUUGGGAAGAUAGAAGUGGUUUCUGGCUACAUCUCAAUCACACAUUCAUACCCUCUUGUCACCCUUGACUUCUUGAAGAGUCUUCGAGAAAUCAGGGCAGAGGAAAAGAAAAACAAUAAGUACGCAUUCUACGUCUUAGAAAAUCGCAACUUGCAGAAAAUUUUCUCUUUGGACAACCAUGUGAAUAUCAGUGUUGGGGACAAAAGCUUGCUCUCAUUUCACGAGAAUCCAAAACUCUGUUUCUCAGAAAUUAAGAAGUUUCAGAAGCUUAUUAUUGGAGCUGCAAAUGCAAGCGAGAUUGAUAUUUCACCAGAGUCUAAUGGACACCAAAUAGCAUGUGGGGUGAAUAAACUAGACUUGGACUUGGAUGACAUUGAUAGUUCAUCUGUUGUAGUUUCCUGGUCAAAUCAUGAUGGCUGGGAAUGGUAUGACAUACGCACUGUACUUGGUUAUCAGAUUUUGUGGCGUGAAACAGAUUCUCAGAACCUGACAAUGUUUGAUGGAGUUGGAUCAUGUGGAGAGGCAGGUCUUUGGGAAUCGAAAGAUGUUUCUCCAGAAAGCUCUCGUAGACUCGUGAAGGGUUUGAAAGCCUGGAAGCAAUAUGGAAUAUAUGUGAAGGCAUUUGUUAUAAAGGGAAAACAACAGGGAGCGCAGAGUGAUAUUAUUUACUUUAGAACAGGAGAGAAGGAACCAGAAGGACCAGAGAAAGUGCAAGUUAUUUCCGAUGCAAUAGACAAACUAAUUGUUAGCUGGCAACCACCGACUGUUCCUAACGGCAACAUUACUUCAUACAAGAUAACGUAUUCUAAGCGGCGAGAUGAUUUCGAGAGCUUCUCUGAACGGAACUUCUGUCGAGAAAAGAAACCUGUUUUGAGCAACACUUUGGUAGAUGGAGAAGAAGACAACAAAUUAUCAACACCUUCGCCAGCUGAAGAAGCCUGCACCUGUAAGAAAGAACAGACAAUUAUUGACGAAGACCUUGCUAAAGAAAGAUCUGAGUUCGAGAACACUAUUCAAUCAACUGUUUUUAUCUCUGGAAGUAUGCGGAAAAGAAGAAGCAUCCGCUCUGUUGGUGUUGCCAAUUUCACUGAAAAUGAGCCAAAUAAGGGAAGCGGUUUUAUUGCUAAUAAUGUAACCUAUAUGCCAAGCUUUACUCCAACUACGACGCCAUCGCUCGAGUAUAUUGAGAGGACUCAGUUCAUCAGUGUUACCGAAACAGAACUUGAUGAUCUUGAUUAUUUCUCAGAGUAUAUAAUUGGGGUAUCGGCAUGUUUAGGUGAUGGAACUUGCGGUAAAAAGGUGUACACUGUGGCACGAACCAAACCCAAAGCUGAUGCUGACAACAUCCCAGCCAAAGUGAAUUUAUCAUUUGUUCAAGAGGGGGAUCAUGGUUACGUCUCGGUAAAAUGGCAGGCUCCAAUACGACCUAAUGGUCCCAUUCUCCUCUUCAAAGUAUCCAUCGAAGACAUGGAGAACCGGGCAAGCAGACAAUUGGACACUGGAGCUGAUGAGGAUGAAGAUGAAUGUGUGCCGGCAAAUGACUACAAUGGAGAAUACACCAUUGAUAGUCUUAAACCUGGUAACUAUACGAUAACAGUACAAGCGACCAGUCUUGGUAGUAUUGGUACAUGGACAGCUCCAGUAUCUGUAAUUGUACCAGAACCUCGCGUUGACAUACCAGUACAUUUGCCUUCCGAAGAUAUAAAGUCUGUGAUUAUCAUCACCAGUGCUGCUUCAGCUAUCAUAAUUUGCCUUGUUGUUGCAUUGAUAUGUGGGAUUAAUUAUAAGAGAAAACAUCAAAACCAGAUGCCCGAUGGCGUCCUCUACGCCUCCGUCAACCCAGAGUAUUUCAGCACCGCUGAUAUGUAUGUGCCUGAUACAUCGGAGUUCCCCCGUGAUCAGUUGGAGCUCAUACAUGAACUGGGUAAGGGGAGCUUCGGUAUGGUCUACCAAGGCCGGGCUAAGAACAUCAUUGAUGGCGAGAAGGUAUCUGAUGUAGCGGUGAAGUCGGUGCAGGCAAACGCAUCAAUGAGAGAUAGAAUUGAGUUCCUUAAUGAAGCAUCAGUUAUGAAGGCGAUUCGAACACACCAUAUUGUGCAGCUACUUGGCGUAGUGUCAAAGGGUCAGCCUACUUAUGUUAUCAUGGAAUACAUGGCACAAGGUGAUUUGAAAAAUUGGUUAAGAAACAGGAGACCUGAAAAUCAAGCUGAUCUUCCGGCCCAUGAAAGAAAGUUACCACCAGAUUUGAAAGAUAUUUUAAGAAUGGCAACAGAGAUAGCUGAUGGAAUGGGCUACUUGGCGUUCAGUAAAUUUGUACAUCGAGAUCUCUCGGCUAGGAAUUGUCUCGUUGCAGCAGAUGGAACAUGUAAAGUUGCUGAUUUUGGACUUGCACGAGAUAUCUACCAAUCAGAUUAUUAUCGAAAAGAAAAGGGAGGUUUGCUGCCAAUUAGGUGGAUGGCACCUGAGUCCAUCAAGGAUGGAGUGUUCCAAAAUGCAUCUGAUGUUUGGUCAUAUGGUGUGUUGCUGUGGGAGAUGGCAACACUAUGUGAAUUACCAUACCAAGGCCUGUCAAAUGAAGAAGCUGGGGAAUACAUUAAGAAUGGAAACACGUUGCCAAAGCCAGAAGGGUGUCCAGAACGAUUACAUGGUUUGAUGGUUAUGUGCUGGAUGUUUCAGGAAAAACAUAGACCAACAUUUGAUGAAAUACUUAAGAACUUUGAAGAGGAAGGCAAUUUCUCGGACCACUUCCACCUGAAUUCAUACUACCACAACGUUGUGUUGGCAUACGGAAGUAUGGAGAACCUUGACGAAGAUGAACUAGAGGGUAUUUCAAUACUCGACAAGACGCAGCAAACCUGCAGUGCAUCGCAGGGGAGCGGCUCUCCUAGAUACGUUGAGAGACCAAUGGUGAAGGAGGAGGACAGCUCCAGGAAAAAUGGGAUGUUGCAUUAUAAUGGACAGCAAUUGUAAAGCAAAGGAACACAACAGAUGACACCUGAAUUAUUUAGUGACAAAAUAAGAUUAUCCCAGUUCUUGCUGCGUGGAGAAAAAUGCUGGAAAUGGUUGUCACAGAUAACAAUGUAAUUGAUUUGUAAAUCAAUAUGCCUUUGAUACACAGCUUGGAGGCAUUAUAUAUAAGAACUUCAUGGUCAGAGGCUAGGGCAGAAGUUCAUUAAGUUUAUUGGGAGGCAAGCCCUUGGUUUUGCAGCCUCACAGUCAGGUUUGGAGGCUAAUAAUUUACACAAAAAAAAAGACAAUGUGGCUUGGAUUUGCCUCCUACCCAUGCUAAGCCAUUGCCAUCACCUUUUCAAAGCAUUUUCCGUGUAAAUAUAUAAAAGAAAAGAAAAUUGUUUUGAAAUACUACUUCUUGUACAGUUUUUUUUUUUUAAACACAAUAUUUUAUGAGGGCAGUCCAUUCCUAAAGCUGAUAAUUAGGGAUCCUGGAUACUCCAAAUUUAAGGUUUUUUUGUGCGGUUGGAAUAUGGAGAAGUACAUUUUAUUUGUCAUACAGUAGUGAGAUAUGAUACAUUAAAAUUGUUUUCUUUUCUGGUAUCAUGUAGUACGGUAUAGAUAUCUAGAUGUUUUUGUUUUUUGAGAAACAUCCUGACAUAUGUUCAGUCAAGGAUUGAAUCAAGGAAUUGGAAGGCGGGCAGCCAUUGAACCACAGCUGUCAUAAAUACACAGACAGUUAGCUGUACAGAUCUUGUAAAAGGAGGAAAUUUAAUAGAGCUAAAGUGAUGAAUUAGAAGGUUAUUGUGUAGUAUUGGAACAAUACACAGCAUUUCAAAAACAAAUACCAACCCCAAAGAUAUAUGUCAUAUAGUAUGUAAUGAUUUGUUUAAAUGGUCAACAUGCCAAUCAAUCAGGAAUUUUGCUUUUCACCUUAUUAAUAUCUAAACCAAUUAGAAGUCUUCAUCAUAGCAACAAGAUCCUCCUCUUCAACACUAUUAACCCUUUCCAGUCUGCCCCAUUACCAAUCAAAACCCUUUUUGUUUAUAUUCCAUCUACAUGUUAACCAAUCAGAUUAUGAUAUUAUUUGUGAUGUGAUGUUACAUAAGUGUUUUCUAUUUAAUCAGAUUUUA